GCAUGUUCUGGGUGCGACUUGCGCUUUUUUUUCUAGCCGUUUGGCUUGUGUAUGCGAACCCCUUAGAGGACGAAAUCGAUGUCGAAGAGGUGUAUGACACAAAUGCAAAGAAGGAACGCAUAGAAAACUGCCUCCAAAAAUAUUCCUAUGGAAACUGCGAGGGAAAUCGCGUAAUGUGGUACUUUGAUCCCAUGUCAGAUACCUGUAAGCGGUUUCACUAUUCCAACUGUGGUGGUAAUAGUAAUCGAUUCUACACCUAUACGGAAUGCAUGCAAUUUUGCAGCGACUACAACUUGAAAAGUGUGAUCCAGAAAGACAUGAAUGAAUAAAGAAAAUCCAAGAAAUUUUCAAAAUACUCAUACACUGCGUUAUAAUAAUGGAACAAAUUCAUAAUCUGGUCUGCAUCAGA